AUGAAACCAUCUAAACUGCAAGAUCAUCUGAGAAGAUGCCACCCUGAUAAAACAGAGAAAGAUUUGAAAUACUUUCAAACACUCAAAGAUAAAUUUCAGAAGAGACCUACACUGGACAGAAUGUUCGCUUCGACGUCACAAAGAAAUGAUGAUGGUUUGCGGGCGUCUUACAAUAUCUCGUUACUUAUAGCAAAAUCCGGAAAACCGCAUACUAUCGGAGAGAAGUUAAUUUUGCCAGCCGUUGAAGAGGUUUUAAAAACUGUUUUACACAAACCUGCAUCUGAUAUCAUUAAAAGAAUUCCCUUAAGCAACAAUACUGUUGAAAGACGUAUUGAUGAAAUGAGUUCUGAUAUUGGAAGCUUCUUAUGUAAUUAUUUGCAAACGACCCAUUUCUCUAUACAAGUCAACUUUACCUGA